CAAGGUGUAAUUUCAAAAAGAUGAAACGUUUAAAAAGUGAAUUGAUUAAUGCUACAAUUGAAUCAUAUUUGAAACGACGUCAUUAUCAGGCAGACUAGCGACAUUUUCUGCAGAGGCAAUCAGGUACAUUGCCGAACUAGUGAUGAGAUGACUUUGAAUGCUACUGCUGCUUGUGCUACAUCUCAAGAUAACUCUAUUAUUUUCAGUGCCAUUAGCAUCGAUGUUGCUGCUGCAGAUCAAGCGUAUCAACGAUUAAAGAUGUGGGUAAAUAUUAUACUCGAUGAUAAGUUGAAAAUGGAAUUAAAAGGGCUUUUAUACCCUAUAUUUUGUCACUUGUAUCUAGAGAUGCUACAUGCUGGUAACAGACAAGCAGCAAUUCAGUUUUUGAAAUCUCAUCAAAAUGAAUUCAUUAGUGAAACAGAAAAAGACUUCUUAGAAGAAUUAUCCAGUGUAUUUUCAGUGCAGGAUAUUGAGUUGAGACCUUUGGUAAAUUCAUUUAGAACUAGGAAGUACAAAGUGGAUAUGUCAGAUGUUGCUCAUUUAUGUCUUCAACAAUUUCUUUCAAAACACGGACACAUUAUAUUAAUGCAGAUUAUAAACACGCAUGUGACAAUAAUUAAGAAAAUGGAGGUACUUGAAACGGAUACAGACGGAUGCGAUGAAACGAGUUCGCGUUGUGAAACAGGAAUUAAUGGAUAUGUAGAGCAACCAUCAGGUACUGGAGCUGACCGUGAAAUGAGAGAAUUGCAAGAAGCAAUAAGAUUAAUACGAAAUAAUGCGCAUCAACCACUACGAAUAUUUGCAGUGAAUAACGCUAUUGAAAAUGCAAGUAGUGGUGUAAUCCCACCAAGUAUGGAUAAAUUAGCAGUAGGAUUUAGUACUACAGAAAUUAGAUUAUGGGGUAUAAAUGAAACAGUAUUAAUUAAGCCAAAGUACGAAGAACCUUCCUUUUCGUUUGCUUCCGAUAGUCCAUUUUUAGAUAAAUAUUAUGAAACAACUGACGGAACGACUGAAGGAGGGGCAGUGAUACUUAGAGGACAUACCGAUAUUGUUCACGAUUUAAGGUUUAUUCCAGAAUCAGAAAUUUUACUUUCCGUAUCUAGUGAUAAGGAUAUGAGGGCAUGGAGACUUAACGAUUACACAUGCGCCGCAAUUUACAGUGGUCACAAUUAUCCUAUAUGGUGCAUGGACCUUAGUGUAUUCAAUCUGUAUGUAGCAACAGGUUCUCAUGACAGAACUGCGAAAUUAUGGUCUUUAGAUAGAAUAUUUCCAUUGCGUAUAUUUGCUGGUCACUUUUUAGAUAUAAAUUGUGUAAAAUUUCAUCCAAACGCGAGGUAUUUGGCAACUGGAUCGGCCGAUAAGACCGUGAGGUUGUGGGAUAAAGACGAUGGAAAUUUAUUAAGGGUAUACAUUGGGCCACAGUCGACAAUUUACAGUUUAGCUUUUAGUCCAGAUGGAAAGUAUUUGGCAGCUGCUGGCGAUGACAAAUCUAUUUUUGUUUGGGAUUUGGCGACUAACGCAUUGUUAACUGAGCUUAAAGGCCACGAAGAUACAGUUAUGAAUUUAGAUUGGAGUUUUGAUGGACAGUAUAUUGCUAGUGGAAGUCUGGAUGGCACUAUUCGUUUAUGGCCUACGCAUGACCACAUUAAGACUGUUAAUAGUAACUCAUCAAAUCUAGUACCUGAAACAGAAUCACCACAAAUAUACUCAACCUACUGCUCAAGUAUUCUUUCAUUACGUUAUUAUAAUAAAAAUAAUUCGCUCGUUUGUAUCGGGACAGUGGAUAAUUUGUAAUAUAUAAAAAAUAAAAGAUUAAACGCGAUAUAUUUAUAAA